AUGAGCUAUGAACCUAUGAUUACUGGGAUGGGAUGGAAAGAUUCCAUUCCCUGGCCAAUCAUCUCCCUCUCCGCGUUCCUUGCGCGGUUCAAGUCAUGGGACCACAUGGAUAUAGGGUACCACGGGGUGGGAAAGGGGCACUCUACGCAGCAGCUGCAGCAGCAGCGGGGCGUGUUCCUGCUGAUUCGGCAACCGCAGGAGGGGCGGUACGCAUUCAUGAUCUGCAACGGGAGUUACAGCGAGAACCCAGUAACCCCAGACAAGUCCAUCCUGGUCCCAACAGCACCGUUGCUGGGCAUCAUAGACGCUAUAGUGGCGUCCAUGGGGGGCGAGGGCCUAUUUUUCUACGUGCACGUGCGCAGAGGAGACAAGCUCGACCCACGCAAGUGGCCCCACCUCGACCGCGACACACGGCCCGAAGCGUACGGGAUUUGGAGCUCUAGGGUUUGUGUUUUUGUUCAGGGAGAGUGGGGAGAGGUGGUAAACGGGUGCUUGGGGUUUUAG